CCACAGCGGCCUGACGUUACGUCGUUCUUGACGUCGUGGCGAGCUCGUUAACUCCGCAAGGACCCGGACGCGACCAGGGGAGGCAGAAGGACUCUGUACUUGUCCAAGAGAAGAAUCCAGAGAAAUCAGAGCAGGUCAAAUAGUUAUAAAAGCCAUGGCUCAGGGAUUGGUGACAUUCAGAGAUGUGGCCAUAGAGUUCUCUCUGGAAGAAUGGAAGUGCCUGGAACCUGCUCAGAGGGACCUGUACAGGGAGGUGACUCUGGAGAACUUUGGUCACUUGGUAUCGCUAGGACUCUCCAUUCCUAAGCCUGAUGUCAUCUCCUUACUGGAGCAAGGGAAAGAGCCCUGGAUGAUUGCAAAUGAUGUGACAGGACCAUGGUGCCCAGACUUGGAGUCCAGGUGUGAGAAAUUUCUACAAAAAGGUAUUUUUGAAGUCAAGGCAUUCAACUGGGAGAUCAUGGAAAGCCUUAAAUGCUGUGACCUGGAGGGCUCCGAUUUUAGAGAUGACUGGGAAUGCGAAGGCCAGUUUGAGAGGCAAGUCAGUGAGGAGUACUAUUUUAAGCAAGUGAAUGUCACCUAUGGACAUAUGCCCGCGUUCCAGCAUCACACAUCUCACACUGUGCGUCAGAGCAGUGAGACUGGUGAGAAACUGAUUGAAUGUCCUGAAUGUGGGAAAGCGUUUAGCCGUGGCUCACACCUUAUUCAACAUCAGAAGACUCACACUGGGGAAAAACCCUUCGGAUGUAAGGAAUGUGGGAAGGCCUUCAGCCGUGCCUCACACCUCGUGCAGCACCAGAGAAUUCACACGGGUGAGAAACCCUAUGAAUGUAAGGACUGUGGGAAGGCCUUUGGUCGUACAUCAGAACUUACUCUACAUCAGCGACUUCAUACUGGUGUCAAACCUUACGAAUGUAAAGAAUGCGGAAAGAGCUUUAGGCAGCAUUCACAGCUGAUUCUGCAUCAAAGGACUCACACAGGCGAGAAGCCCUACGUAUGUAAAGACUGUGGCAAGGCUUUCAUUCGUGGCUCACAGCUUACUGUGCAUCGGAGAAUCCACACGGGUGCCAGACCCUAUGAGUGUAAAGAAUGUGGGAAAGCCUUCAGGCAGCAUUCACAGCUGACUGUACACCAGCGAAUCCACACUGGGGAGAAACCCUACGAGUGUAAGGAAUGCGGAAAGGGCUUUAUUCACAGCUCAGAAGUUACUCGACAUCAAAGAAUUCAUUCUGGGGAGAAACCCUACGAGUGUAAGGAAUGCGGGAAGGCCUUUAGACAGCACGCACAGCUUACACGACAUCAGAGAGUCCAUACUGGUGACAGACCCUAUGAAUGUAAGGACUGUGGGAAGGCAUUUAGUCGGAGUUCAUACCUCAUUCAGCAUCAAAGGAUCCACACCGGUGACAAACCCUACGAAUGUAAGGAAUGUGGGAAGGCCUUUAUUCGUGUUUCACAGCUAACUCAUCAUCAGCGAAUUCACACUUGUGAGAAACCCUAUGAAUGCAGGGAAUGCGGAAUGGCCUUUAUUCGUAGUUCACAACUUACUGAACAUCAGAGAAUUCAUCCUGGUAUCAAACCUUACGAAUGUAGAGAGUGUGGGCAGGCAUUUAUUCUCGGCUCACAACUCAUUGAACACUACAGAAUUCAUACUGGUUAGAAAACCUUGAGUGUGAGGGAUAAAGAGAAGGCUUUAUGUGGACUUCACAUCUGUACUAGGUAAUUUUUGGUGUGUGUGUGUGAGAUGGAGUUUCACUAUUGUCGCCCAGGCUGGAGUGCAAUGGCACAAUCUCGGCUUACUGCAAUC